CUCAGCUCGGUGGCCAUGGGCAAGCAGAACAGCAAGCUGCGGCCCGAGAUGCUGCAGGACCUGCGGGAGAACACGGAGUUCUCGGAGCUGGAGCUGCAGGAGUGGUACAAGGGCUUCCUCAAGGACUGCCCCACGGGCAUCCUCAACGUGGACGAGUUCAAGAAGAUCUACGCCAACUUCUUCCCCUACGGCGACGCCUCCAAGUUCGCCGAGCACGUCUUCCGCACCUUCGACACCAACAGCGACGGCACCAUCGACUUUCGGGAGUUCAUCAUCGCGCUGAGCGUGACCUCGCGCGGCCGCCUGGAGCAGAAGCUCAUGUGGGCCUUCAGCAUGUACGACCUGGACGGCAACGGCUACAUCAGCCGCGAGGAGAUGCUGGAGAUCGUGCAGGCCAUUUACAAGAUGGUUUCGUCGGUGAUGAAGAUGCCAGAGGACGAGUCGACCCCGGAAAAGAGGACUGAGAAAAUCUUCCGCCAGAUGGACACGAACAAUGACGGCAAGCUGUCCCUGGAGGAGUUCAUCCGCGGGGCCAAAAGCGACCCGUCCAUCGUGCGUCUGCUGCAGUGCGACCCCAGCAGCGCCUCCCAGUUCUGAGAGAGCAGCCAGGUCUCCCUCCUCCCCGCCUCACUGGCCCUCUCCCGGCUCUCAGCUUCCUCUCCCUCGUGUCUAUCCAGGCUGGGGGGCAGACUGGGCCUGCCCCUGCCCCCGGGGUCUGCACUCCGGGGGCGCAGCCUAUGGGAAAGGGAACCCUGCAGCCCCCCCCCCAAGGCGCAAGCAAGCGGUUAGCACCCCCCUAUCCAAAAGGCAGUAUCUCCCUUCAGCAGUGAUGGGGAGACCCAGGAUCUGGCUUUGUCUUCCCCUCAAGCCUCCCCACCCAGGUAUCGGAAUUCCCACUACCCUCCCUCCCCGCACAGCCACGAGCCAGACUUCCCUCCCCAACCAAGCACCGGGCAA